AUGAAGAAUUUUAAAAACUUUUUUGAAGAUCUUGGUAAAUCUCGUGAUAAGAAAGAUAACUCUGGUAGAAAUUCACCAGUCGUUGUAAAAAGUUCAAAGUCAAGCGAAUAUGAUAAGGAUAAAAAAACUGAUGAGAAAGACAGUAAAUCGACUACACCUGGUAGAGGAAAAUUAGAUACAAAAAAGAAAACAAUAUCUAUGAAAGAAAAUCCAAAAAUUGAAGAUAACAAAACUACUGACAGUACUCCGAAGACGAAUGACAAAAAAGGCAAUGAACAACAGUCAGUCAAAGAAAUAAUCAAUCAGUCUGCAGAUAAGAUAAAUCCAGUUGAGAUCAAUCUGAAAACACUAACUCCUUUAGAGACAUCCAUAGAAAAGCCAGCCAACUCCGUACGUUUACUAGAUAGAGUAAAACAAGCUGGAACAGACGUAAGUGAAGAGAAUACUCCAUCAUCUACUCUUAUCAAAAUUUCAACCUUACCAAUGCAACCAACAGAAUCAAACACAGAUCUCAAUCCACCGCCUCCUUCAAAAGAAACAACAAAACAGUCAACUGAAGUUAAAAGGCAAGAAACUGAUACGAAAAGAGUAGAAAUUGAAAGAGAACAACAGAAGAUAAAUGAAAUACAAUCUACACUUAGUCAACCUAUACAAGUUGAUACAAAACAAAAUUCAGAUACUGAACAAAAGAAGCCACAACCAUCACAAGAUAUUAAAACUCAAGGAGUAACAAAAAGUAGCAAAACAAUCACAUCUGACAACUUGAAACCUCUUCCUGAGAAACUACCUGAAACACAGGAUACAUCAAGCAGUUCAGUUGGUAAACAAACAGAAAUCUCAGUUAAAUCAUCUAAAAAUGAUCAGCAAAAACUUGUAGAUCCUGUUAUCAAAUCAACUGUCAGUGAUCACCAACCUACUCCAAAUAAUUUAAUCCCAUCUAAUAUACCUCAACGUGGUAUUGAGAUUAAAUUAGGACGAAGUGGUGGUAUCAUUACACGACCUACAGAUGUACAGCCUAAACCUAACCAACAUAACAUAAGUCAACAAUGGAAUUCGCCAAAUUUAACAAUCACUUCAGAUAAAGGAAUUAAUCGUUCUGUUAUUGAACAAACAAUUCAUCAAAAGUACAAUGAAAACCAAAGAAACAAUGAGAAAAUUUCAGACCCAUUCCAUCCAACAUUUUUCUCUGCAAUAGAUCUCAAGCAUUCUGGUUUUAGUGAUGCUGAAACAAUAGAAAAAUGUUGGAAUAAACUUGGAGUUCCCGAUGUUGAAAACCUACUAGUAUAUUUAGGAUUUUCAAAGCAUGGUAUGAUAAAUCUUGACCACCUAACAAAUGCUCUACAUGAAGCACUGGAGAUGAACACCUACGAUGAGCCAAGUGUAUUGGCGGGUAUUCGUUCAAUGAACAUGGAGUUACGUUUAACCGAUACAUUGAAAAGAGUUUAUGAAAAAGAAAUUGAAAACAUGGAUAAAAAUCUCACAGAUGAACGUGAAAUGAUUCUUCGUUAUCUUCAUCAACAUUUGAAUGAAAUACUUCAAAAAAUGGAGAUUUUAUUUGCUCAUAAAGAAGUUGAAAUGAAACAAAUUCAACAAAAAUUGGAUCAUUCAAUUCAGGUAUCGCAUGAACUUGAAUUAAAAAAUAAAGAAACUGAAUCCUUACUGCAAACAGAAGAUAAAUUUUUGAAUUUUAUAACGAACCUGAGUGACAUUAUGGAAGCAGAAAUUAAACAAUGUGAAAUGUGUAAAAAAGAUUUUGACCACAUCUUUGUAUAUAAUGAAAAAAUAAGGAGAACAGUGGAUGAAGUAAACAAUCGAACACAAAACGUUAGUCAUUUUAAGCGUCUAAGAGAUUCAAUUCAAAUUCUCAAGGAUUACAGUCAAUUACUUCAAAUCACUGUCAUUAAAUUCGCUGGUAUACAACGUCAUACGCAGUUUAUUAUCAAUCAAGAAAAAGAAAAACAUGAAAAACUAGGAAAAGCUUUCGAUGAUUACCAGAAAAACUUAGGUGAUUUACAAAUAACACUUGAAAACUUGUCAAGACAACAUCAAAAAGUGAUCAAUGAAAAUGAAAGUUUGCGGUAUGAAGUUCAAUUGAAAGAGGUGAAAAUCAAAAGUUUGGUGGAGAAUAAUGAUCAGUUAAAUGAAAAAUAUCAAGUUAUUUUACAGAAAAUCAAUCCUACAACUAGUGUUGCUGCUACUACUACUACUGCUACCAUUCCAACUAAAAAUAACAUGAAUAAUGAUGACCACAAAAUUGUGACCCAUAAUGGAAAUAGUAGAAACAAUAUCAUCACUGAUAGUAACACUACCAAAAGUCUCAACGGGAAAGGGCAGAGUAGAAGUGAGUAUCCUCAGUCAGAUUAUGGAAAGCGAAGUCCACAAGGGCCACCAGGGAACUCAACGUACACGAUACAUCCAGAGGAGAAUAUGAUAUCACCUUAUUUCAUGUCAAAAGAACAACUUGCUGUACAACAGUAUCAGAAUGAUCUAGAAGAAACAAUCAGAAAACAAGCGAAACAAAUUAGACAACUCAGAAGUAUGUCGUCUAAAUAUCGACUGACUGAUCAUAUUCGAACAGAUAUUAUGGCUACGAAAGACCAAAAUUAG